AUGCCUUCCAUUCCAUCAACCCACACAUUGAUCAGUGGCGCGCUGCCAGGCUACGUCGGCCUUGCAGCGGCCAUUUCUGUAUUCAUUCUUGCCGUGCUCUAUCGCCUAGCCCUGCCCAAACCAUAUCCCGGCAUUCCUCAUGACAAAAGAGCAGCAAGGAGCAUUUUCGGUAACUUGACGGAAAUGCUUGACUACUUGGCAAAGAAUGAGAACCGCAUCACGCUAUGGUUUGCGGAAUAUCAGCAGAGGGUCGGGUCGCCCCUGACCCAGUAUUUCCCAGCCCCUUUCAGCAAGCCUCUCCUGCUGCUCACGGACUUUUUGGAGACCCAAGAUAUCCAGCUACGGAGGACCAAGGAGUUUGGUCGUGGGAAAAGCGUGGCGAACAUUUUCCGAUACACGACACCGGAAUUUCACGUUGCUCUGAGUGAGCAUGACUCAAGAUACAAGGCAAACAAGGCGCUUGUGAAGGACUCGAUGUCCCCGGCAUACUUGAACAAUCUUGCUGCGCCCUGCAUUUACGAUUGUGCCAUGGACUUGGUGAACCACUGGAAGUUCAAGAUUCCACUCGCCGGUGGUCGCCCUUUCUCCGCCCAUGACGAUAUAUUCGGCACCAUCUCAGACAUGAUCCUGGCCUCUCUUUUUGCCUUCAACUCGGGCAUUAGGUCCACGCAGCAACAGCUAAAGUACCUCGAGUCCCUGGGCGCCGACGUACAAACGCGAGACGCAGAAGGACAGGGAAUAGACUUCCCCAAGCUGGACCAUCUUCCCUAUUUUAGAGCCUUCGAAAUCCUUGCGGAGCACCAGAGCGACCAGGCCAAGACCCCAUUCAAAGUCCUCCAACAUUAUUAUUCGAUGCUGACGCGCCCCGAACUGCGCUCAUGCUACGGCACCAUCAAGCAAUUCAUUAAGACCGAAAUCGACAAGGCGAUAAUGCGCCUGGAACACGACAAUACGAUAACCUGCGCCUUGGAUUGGAUGGUGACGCGGGAGCAACAGGCAGCUGCAAAGGAGGACAGGAAGCCGGAAUACCACAAGCCAGCUUUUUAUGACGGGAUCAGUGGGUACUACGCAGCAGGCCACGAGACGAGCGCCACAACGUCGAGCUGGGCCCUCAAGUUUCUCUCGUCCUACGCUCAGGUCCAAGACCGCCUGCGAACCGAACUGCGAAAGAGCCACGCGGCGGCCUGCCAGGAGGGCCGCAACCCCACGAUCGAGGAGAUCACGCGCACCAGCGUGCCGUACCUCAACGCGGUCAUCGACGAGACGCUGCGGCACCGGAGCCCGCUGCAGCCCUCUGCCCGCGAGGCCCUGGUCGACACGGUGGUGCUGGGCCACCGCGUCCCCAAGGGCGCCACCAUCAUGAUGCCCUACCUCGGCCAGAGCCUCCUGACGCCCGCCUUUCCCGUCCCGCUGCACCUCCGCUCCGAGACCUUCCCAAAGGAGGGCGGUCGCAAGGCCUGGGCGGACGAGGACAUACAAGAGUUCAUACCGGAGAGGUGGCUGCGGGUGGACGAGGAGGGUAGGGAGGUCUACGACGCCGCGGCGGGCCCCAUGAGUGCGUUUGGCUUCGGGCCCCGGCAGUGUUUUGGCAAGAGGCUCGCGUACCUGCAGAUACAGGUGGUCCUGACUCUGUUGAUUUGGAACUUGGAGUUCCAACCAGUCGAGGGGACCCUCGGCUCGUUUGAGACGAUCGAGCUGACUGCCAUUCAACCCAAGCACACAUAUGUCAAGUUGAAGUUGGCUCAGUGACUGUAAGGGGCAGGGGCUAAGGUGU